AUGUCAAUGACAUUGUCAACAAGUCUUGCCCUUCGUGUUAUGAGGGUUGAGCGUGAGUUUAGGUGGACUGCAAAUGUAUAUGGCAUCAUGAGGAUUAAUGUCAGGUAUAUAUGGACGCCCGGCCAUUGUGGUGUUGCAAUGAAGAAGUUGGUGGAUAAUUUGUGUACACAAGCACGCCUGAGCAACAAGCCAUUAUACGUGGUAAAGAACGGUUCCCAGACAUUUCAAGCCAAUGUCAGGAGUUAUUUUGGAAAUGUACAACCAAGGCUCCUUGCUGAAAAGGCAGCCCUUGCCAACCGGCCAGUAAAGUCAACGGCAAGAAACGCGACCCAAGUACUCGCGAAACAUCUCAAGGGUGCGAGGAAGAGGGCGAAACGACUGUUGCAUACACAGAUUCACAGCAAAGAGGGGGGCAUAGGGGGCAGUACUACAGGUUCGGAUAUAGGCCCUGAAAUAGGUGGCUAG